AUGGCAUAUAUUGGUUCAAUAUCAUCACCAUAUGAAUCACCCACAUUCGGUACAUCCCUCUCAUUAAGAGUAAAUGGUGGGUUCAAUGCAGUGUCUAUUAAUCCAUCGGGUAGAGAUGUGGUUUUAGCAAGUAGAUCUGGAUUAUUUAUUAUAGACUUGGAUGAUCCGUUUUCCCCACCACGUUGGUUACAUCAUGAUACACCGUGGCAAGUGGCCGAUGUUCAAUGGUAUCCUCAUCCAGCAAAACCAUAUUGGGUUGUAUCUACAUCUAAUCAAAAAGCAAUCAUAUGGAAUCUAACACGACCGGCACUUAAUGCAAUAGAAUAUGCUUUACAUGGUCAUUCUAGAGCUAUUACAGAUAUAAACUUUAAUCCACAAAACCCAGAUAUCUUAGCCACAUGCUCAAUUGAUACAUAUGUUCAUACAUGGGAUAUGAGAAGUCCGUCAAGACCGUUCUAUUCAACAAGUUCUUGGAAUUCAAGUGCUUCUCAAGUUAAAUGGAAUUUUAAAGACCCUAACAUUCUAGCCUCUUCUCAUGGCAAUGAUGUGUUUAUUUGGGAUAUACGGCAUGGGUCUACUCCAUUAUUUAAAUUCGAAGGCCAUGAAAGUGGUGUUAAUAGUAUUGAUUUUAAUAAAUUUAAUAGAAAUGAAAUUAUGUCUAGUUCAAAUGAUGGUACUGUCAAAUUUUGGGAUUUAAGUAACGAUGGUAGUUGUCUAAAAACCAUUUCAGCUGAUUUCCCUAUUUGGAGAGGUAGGUAUUUACCGUUUGGCAAUGGGUUUUGUAUUAUGCCUACAGUAGGUGGUAACAACUCUGUAUUUUUGAUGAGCCUUAAUGAGGAUAAUACUAAUGAUGAUUCAGAUACCAGUAAUAUAAAUUGUAACACUUUGUCUACUACACCUACUUCGAAUAAUAAUUUCACCAUAAAUAAUUUAAAUAAUAGUAAAAAAAUUGAAAAACUUCAACCGGUUCAUACUUUCAAGGGACAUAGUGAUAGAGUCAUUGAUUUUUUGUGGAGGUCACGGCAUUCACAUGAUUCCAUUGUUGAUGAUCGUGAGUUUCAAUUAGUCACUUGGUCUAAAGAUUCAGAUUUAAGAUUAUGGCCAAUUAUGGAUGAAAUAUAUGAAAAAGUCAAUUUUGAUAGAAAUCAAGUAUUAAAAGAAAAAUUGCCAAAUUAUGAAUAUAUUUCUUUUAAUAGGUGUGAAAAUGAUUCUAAUCUGUCUUCUGAAGAGAUUACUAAUGGAUAUAGCAAUGCAAAGGAAUAUUUUGUCACAACUUCAGGUUUGACAAGGUCAGAUGAUAUUGAUCACCUUAAUUGGUUAUCUGGCGUUAAGAUGAAUCGUCAAGAUACACCAAAUGAUUUAUUUGAAGAUACAAAAUUACAAAAUCUAGGUGAAGAAGUAAGCUCAAUUGGUCAUAAUUUUCCCAAUAUUGUCUUUGAAAAAAUAUCAGUAUCAACGGGUGAGUUGGUGCUAACGUUAAAAGGACCUUGGUCCAAGAGCGAUACUGAACCAAAUAUAUUUUUAAGAAUUGGUAUUAAGGUUCCACCACAUUACCCAAAUAAAGGGAAUCCUCCUAAAUUUGAAAUUGAAGAAAAUAAUAAUUUACCACCAGAAUCCAGGAAGACAAUCAUAUCAAAAUUAAUUGAAAUUAGUGAAGCUUAUGGAAAUAUAAACCAAUAUUGUUUAGAAGCGUGUCUUAGGUACCUUCUAGGCGAAGAGAUUAAUUUGGAUGAUAUAGAAAAUAUUGGUAAUGAACCCUUAUUCAACUUUGACAUGAAUACUCAUCUUGAUUUGGAAUCCUUUGGUUCCUUAUCUGAUAUCGAUAGAAAUUCUCAAAUUUUAGAUUCAUCAUCCUCAACAUCGUCUGAAUCUGGUCUUUUAAAAAAUACCUUUAAUAAUGAACAAGCGAACGCACAUAAUCUAUUUGGAAGAAACUUGGCCUUUGAUAGUACACCUGUACCGAACUUAUGUGGUGCAGUUUGGACUCCAACUGGUCGCCUUAUAACAUUUUUUGUUCCAGAAAAUAAAACAGAUAGAAUUACACUCAAUAAUUUGGAGUUAAGUGAAAAAACUUUGUUGAAAAAACAAAAUAGUUUGAAUUAUGAACCACAAGAGUUAUUUGAUCAAGACGAAAACAAGUUAUUUCAGAAUUUAAGACCUAAAAGAUACGUCGAUACACUUUCAACUCAUGGAAACAAUACAGAACAAGAAUAUGAUACCUCUGAUGAAAAGUCUACAUCAGAAAGUAGUUUAUAUAGUUUUGUAGAUGAUUGGCAUGAUAUUAUUGGUAAUGAUGUUCUUGUAAGGACAAAACUUCCAACAUUAUACGAUAAUUUUACUAGAACAAUAGGUUCUCUUCCUUCUGAAAGUGUCAGGACUGAUUCUUCCAGAAAGACCAAGAAUAUAAUUAUUGAUACUGAUUUUAGUCAUUUAAUACCAGAUAACAAAAAUUUAGCAUUAGAGUAUCAAGUAAUCGACAAUUCUCCAGGUGAAAUGGCUCGUCAUAAUGCAUUAGUAGCAGAAAAAUAUGGUUUUGAAGAAAUUAGCCAUUGUUGGCAGAUUUUGUCAGAUUUAUUUAUGGCAGAUAAUAGUGAUGAUCCGUUGGUUUUCAUUUCUGAAAAUCAUUUGUUAACAGUACAAUGGUUUGUUAGAGAAGCUUUAAAAUAUUUCGAGAAGGCAAAUAACUUACAGAUGGUAGCAAUGUUAUGUUGUGUGCUUGCAUAUCGACCAAACUAUAUUUCUUCAUUUAAUGAUAAUACAACAUCAAGUAUCAAUAUGGAAAGUACCGUUACAUUUGAUAAAAUGGAAGGUUCUGUUAGUUAUCUUUCCAAUGAUUCAUCAUCAAUAUAUUCCAGGACCUCUACGCCAAUUGGAACUAGUUUAGCUAUAAACAACAUAAUCAUUGAUAAUCAUCAGAGAUAUACUCAUUUGAGUUCCUUAGGCAAUAAUAAUUCCGCAAAAUCAAAAGACAUUUUUAUGAAUAGUACUACAAGGGCAAAUUAUUCUUCGUUUAGAGUGUCACCUUCCUUUAGUAAAAAUUCAAUACAUCCUUACUCACAACCACAAUCAUUAACUGCAGAAAAGGAUUCUAAUAGUCCAAUAAUUCAAGUUCAAUUGAUAGAUGAUGAAGUAGUAAAUGUAAAGAAAGGAAUUAAUUAUGAUAUAUUAGAUUGUGAUGCAUUAACAAGAUAUAAAAAUUACGUCUAUCAAUAUUCUAAUCUACUUUUUCAAUGGAUGUUACCUAUAGAACGUGCAAAAAUUCUCAAAGUAGACAUCAAUAUUUUAUGCAAUAAAGUACGUAGGAAUUCACCCCUACAACAGCCCUUUUCAACCUUUAUUGGGAAUACAGAGAUGUAUUCGAAUGGUGUAAUCACAUCGUGGUUGAGAAAAUCACCAAAGGAUUAUACUUUUUAUAACUGUAACUACUGCCAAUUGAGAAUAGUAGGCAAUGCUUUUAUAUGUGGUAACUGUCAACAUGCUCUGCAUCGCAAAUGUGCAAUGGAAUGGUGGAACGUUGGCGAUGAGUGCCCAGCUGGAUGCGGUUGCAAUUGUGUGAACUUUUUCGAUGUUCAAUAG